GUUGGACUACACUUGGCAGUAUCUAAAGAAUAUGUUUUAGGAUGUCAGGAAAUAAUGUGAAUGAUUUCUAUUUGCGCUACUACGUUGGCCAUAAGGGAAAGUUUGGUCAUGAAUUCUUAGAAUUCGAAUUCCGUCCGGAUGGCAAGAUGCGGUAUGCAAACAAUAGUCAGUACAAGAAUGACACGUUGAUACGGAAGGAAGCAUAUGUUGGUAAAAUUGUCAUCGAAGAACUAAAGCGUAUUAUCGAUGACUCGGAAAUCAUGCAGGAAGAUGACGCAACUUGGCCGGAACCAGAUCGCAUUGGUAGACAGGAACUGGAAAUCCUUCAUAAUGACGAACACAUAUCUUUCACUACAAGGUGACAUUUUUUACGUUCGCCAAUACUCUGCUGUUGUUUCGGUCAUAGAAGUUUAAUUGCCGACAUAUGAAAUACGGCGGAAAUCUUGUGUUAAUGUUUCAAAACUGAAUAGGAUUCGAUUACGAAAAUUGUGUGUUGAAUUUACUCGAAACAUAAGGCUGUAUACUUCAAGGAGGUUUCUUUUUCGUCGUGGUAGCGCACAAGAGGGAACAUGAUUCGAUUGGUGAAAUGCUAAACGAAUGACCCUGGACUCUUCAAUCUGUCGAUCUGUCUUGCAGAAGAUCAGAUCUAACUAAUAGAAAACUACUGGGCCGUAUAAUAAUGUGUUUCAGCAAAAUUGGUUCUGCUGCAGACGUAAAUAAAAGCAGGGAUCCAGAAGGACUGAGAUCCUUUUACUAUCUCGUACAAGAUCUCAAAUGUUUGGUUUUCUCGUUAAUUGGUAUGCAUUUCAAGAUCAAACCUAUCUAAGGCUUACGUUGCAAUUUUUUACUUUCUUAUUUUGUUAUUGCUCUGUUUUCCUGCUCUUUUGAGUUGUGUUUACGUACCGACAAUCUCAAAAUAAAUACAGUUGUGGAAUAAUUUAAACCGGGAGAAUGCGGAUUUCUUUCCCAGACUUUCUUUUGUAUCCACCUGUCUUGAGAUUACUGAUUGCAUACCUCAACUUUACGUUAAAAUUGAUGCUGUCUGAGAAAUGAAGCUACAGUAAUGUAUGCGUUUCUUCACACAAAAUAAAACGUACAGUAUGAAUGCUUAUCAGCAUAUCGAACUAAAUAAAUAAAAAC